AUGAGUACUACCACAAUGACAAAGUUGUGUAAUUCUCACCCCACCACCCCCCAAAUAAUGUUGGAGUGUGAGAAAGAAUUAGAAGUCUUAAAAGAGACUUUUAAGUCUGGGAAAACAAAAGAAGAAUCAUGGAGAAGGUCACAAUUAAAAAAUUUGUUAAAACUUCUUGAAGAGAAAGAAGAUGAUAUAUUCAAAGCUCUCAAACAAGACUUGGGAAAACACAAAGUUGAGGCUUAUAGAGAUGAGGUUGGAACAUUAGUAAAAUCUGUCCAUUAUGCACUGGAUGGUUUAAAACAAUGGAUGUCUCCCAAAAAGGCCAAAUUGCCAAUUGCUGCAUUUCCUUCUUCAGCAGAGCUGCUUCCUGAGCCUCUUGGUCUAGUCCUCAUCAUUUCCUCUUGGAAUUUUCCUUUUAGUUUAUCAUUGGAACCACUAAUUGGAGCAAUAGCAGCUGGAAAUGUGGUAUUGUUGAAACCUUCAGAUCAGGCUCCAGCAUCUUCAUCAGUGUUAGCCAAAAUAAUUCCCAAUUAUUUGGAUAACAAAGCUAUUAAAGUCAUUGAAGGUGAUUAUACAGUUGGUGACAAAUUGUUGCAACAAAAAUGGGACAAGAUUUUCUUUACAGGGAGUCCAAAAGUGGCUCAAAUUGUUAUGGGUGCUGCAGCCAAGCAUUUGACUCCAGUGACCCUUGAAUUGGGGGGAAAAUGCCCUGCUAUCAUUGAUUCACUCUCAAGUUCUUGGGAUAAAAAGAUUGCAAUGAAAAGAAUUCUUUCUGGAAAAUUUGGGAGUUGUGCUGGCCAAGCAUGUAUUGGGAUUGAUUAUAUUCUCGUCGACAAGAUGUUUGUCAACGAACUGGUAAAGUUGAUUAAACUUGGGAUUCCGAAAAUGCUUGGAGAAAAUCCAAAAGAAUCACAUUCAAUUACAAGGAUAGUUAACAAAAAUCAUUUUUUGAGAUUAAAGAAUCUCUUAGAUGAGCCAAUGGUAAAAAAUUCAGUUAUAUACGGAGGAUCAUUCGAUGAAGAUAAUUUGUACAUUGAGCCCACAGUAUUACUGGAUCCUCCCAUGCAAUCUACAAUCAUGACUGAUGAAAUUUUUGGCCCAUUGCUCCCUAUCAUAACAUUGGAUAAAAUUGAGGACAGUAUUGAAUUUAUCAAUGCAAGGCCUAAGCCACUUACUAUAUAUGCCUUUACCAAAAAUGAAGAGUUCAAAAGAAAGAUUACAAAAGGAACCUCUUCAGGAAGUUUGGUGUUUAAUGAUACAAUCGUUCAAUAUGCAGCUGAUACACUUCCAUUUGGAGGAGUAGGACAAAGUGGCUUUGGAAGAUACCAUGGAAAAUUUUCAUUUGAUACAUUUAGCCAUGAAAAAGCAAUAGCAAGAAGGAGCUUUCUUACAGACAUUUGGUUUAGAUAUCCUCCUUGGAGUGAUCAUACACUACAACUCUUUAGAUCUGCUUUUAUAUAUGAUUAUCUUAGUAUAGUUCUAAUUACACUAGGACUAAAAAGGGCUUGAUGUUUACAAAUUAUACUUGCAAUUAUUUGUAUUUGUAAUUUAAUUAUUUGUUUGGUAUGUAAUUUACAAUUGAAGUGUGGAUGUUCAUUUCCAUUCAAAACUUAUUGAGGAAUAAAUGUUUUUAUUGUGAUUUUCCAUUA